AUGAGCGGCCCCUACGACCAUGGCAUGAAUAUGCCAAUCCCUAAUAUACUGGAUGGAGCCUAUUCGAUCUACGAUGGCACUUUCAACGCGGCAUAUCCCCGGUUGUCAGGCCCUCAAACUCAUUUUGACGGCGUUGGCUUCUGGUACAAUCCUACCAACACUGAACAGCUUUAUGACAGGCAGGCCAGCCUGCUCACCGGCCGUCGUGCAGCGGCACCUGCAAAUAGCAUGGACUCUUCCGCUGUCAAACACCGUCGUACUCGCAGUGGUUGCUUUACUUGCCGCAGCAGAAGAGUGAAGUGCGACGAGACAAGGCCUGUUUGUGACAGAUGCAAGAAGGGGAAUCGUGAUUGCGAAUUUCCGCAGACGACCGCCACCACGAAGCGAUCCAAGCAAAGCGACAGUCGCGGCACCAAGGACCAAGGGGCGAAGCAUGAUAUCAAAGACGAGAGCAUGACCGGCUUGCCUACAAUAAAAGACGAAAGUGAGGAAGACGAGUCCCCACUGUCUCCGACGACCACACGACCACCACCGCAGCGAAGCGACAGCGGCCAAUCAGUGCCACGCAGCACAAAAGCCAAGAAUGCAUCAGAGACAUCAUCUGGCGUCAAGGAUCAGACCAGUCCGCAAUCAAGCGAAGCAUCGGAUGCUCGCUCAAGAGACGAUACGCCCGCAUCAUCACUGCGCACACUUGGAAAUUCUGCAGAAAUGCAAGCACGACAAGCAAAGAUAAAGUCCUUGAAGCCAGAUCUCCAGAAGUAUCUGCAAUUCCAGCAAGAGUAUAUGACCUUUUACCACUACUUCUUCAAACUCGACCCGACGGACUUCGUACAUGCAGAGUUUAUCGACCUUGCCUUGACCUAUGAGCCGCUGCUGUAUGCUGCCGUGGGGUUUGCUGCGUACCACUACGAGCUGCAGCAGCCUGAGCCCAAGUUGUCGCAUUUCUUAUGGUAUCACAGCAGGUCGCUGUCGAUGCUGAGGAAAUCGUUGGAGAAGAACACAAAGGUCACCGAGGCCACUCUGCUCACUGUUUUGCAAUUGGCGACUUUCGAAGAAUAUAUUGGCGAUUGGGUAAAUCUGGUUGGCCAUCAUCGUGCGGCUCUUACCAUGGUGCGUGAUCUUUACACCCCGGGUACGAUGAUGGAGACCGACCUGGGAAGACGUAUCUUCAGCUGGGUCGCACGCUUGGAUAUCAUGGUGGGUCUGAUGGCGGGCAACGAAACGCGACUGGACCGGCAGUGGUUCGAGGCAAACGCUGCAUGGUACCACAGUCAAGUCGAGACCGACCCCGAGAUGGACGUCGAUAUCGAAAAUACCAUGGCAUACUUCGUGUCAUCGAAUCGACUGAUCGGCAUGGACAUUGCUGCUUUGUUUGCCAAGUUUAGUAAAAGGGAAAUGAGCGUGGAGACAUUUUGCGCAGAAAACAGUGAGAUUGUUGAAAGGGUCGAGGCUAUGAAACGCCAGAUUGAAUUGUUCAACGACGAAUACUACAGGGUGCAGGAAUUCGCCGUCGAGAAGGCUCGACCUUUGACCGAAGAAGACAUUGUCAAUCCUUAUGUCCCGGGAGGCUUGUUUAAAGAUGCACUGUGGCCCUUGAACUUUAUGUGGAUCGACUGGUACAGCAUUGAGCUGUUGCAGAGAUACCAAACAGCGGUAAUGCUUCAGCAGCCGAUGCCUCCUGAAUUGGAGCAAAUCAGCCUGGAACAAUGUCGCAUUUACGAGGCCAUGGAGCGGUGGCCGGAUGCUCCGAACGGAUCCAUCUUGGGCGCACAUGCGCCUUUGGGCCUCGCCACAGUCUUCCUGAAGAAAGAUCCCAGACACGUCAUGUGGGCGCGAAGAAAAUUCGCCGCUGUGGAAAGACAGGGCUACAUUUUUCCACCGUCCUUUCGACAAAAAAUGGCCGAAUUGUGGGGUCUGACGCGCGACGAAGUUGGCGAAAAUGAAGCUGUGGAAAACUGGUGGCUGCCUAAUGACGAAGGCAACAUUCCCAUGUUGAAGGAGAUCCGCAAAGUGGUGAAUGAAAGGCAUGAGAGCGAUACGAUUACCAGCGUGGAGUCUCUUGCCAGCGUCAGGGACCUGAAGGCGAUUUUUGAAAAGCUGGAUCUUCGAACCCAAUCGGCUGGAAGAUCAGGCGCUAGUGACGGCCAAUUCAGUCCAAAGAGCGAUACCAGCGGUGGACUGAGUGACCGUGCAAGCAAUCCCAGUUUCAGUCCUACCAGCGUGAAUUUCGGUGACGUGACAAGAGGCAGCAGCAUAUCGGGAACUGUGCAAGAAGGAGGCGGCGCUCAGAAACGGAGAGAAAAACGGUCUGGUUCAACUUCGUGA